AUGGCGGGUCCAAGGAUAGCCUGCAUUGGAGUGAUCGGAAAAGCCGACAACCCUCUCCAUAUUUCUCUCUUUCCACCGUACAAAGAUUCCAAAAUUGAAUUCUCAUUCCUCCUGAAUUCAUGUUUGGAUAUUUUUGACAUUCAGCGGAAGCAGACCUCCAUCGACCAGGAACUCGGGUUGCUUCAAGCUAUUGAUGAACGGAUAGCCGCCUAUGGGUGGCUCACAACUACAGGGGUGAAGUUUCUGAUAAUCGUGGACCUUUUUGGACCAGAGACCAGCAGCACAAGGUUGGCAGGCCCUGCGAUCAGUGGUCUCAAUGAUUCGGAUCUGAAGCCGGCCUUCCGAGCUUUACAGACUGCUUAUAUUCAGCUUCUCCAAAACCCCUUCUAUUCUCCAGACUUCCACGCCCCUGCGCUAGGAACGACGGCUGGACCGACAUCCACCUGCCAGCCUAUUUCCAACCCGCGAUUUAUCGCAGAAGUGAAGCGCAUCGGUGCCACUUGGACACCCGGGGCCACUUUUUAA